AUGCGCAAUCCAAAGGAUGCAGCAGUAAGUUAUGCCAACAUGGGUGGCCUGCCCCCGGACGGUUGGGAUGGAAGCUUUGAGCGUUUUAUUGACCCGCAGUGUCCUCAUCCAGGAGGAAGCUAUUUCACUUAUUUCAAGGAAAUGGAGGAAUGGCUGACCAAAGAGAUUCCCAGAGAAAAGAGCCACGUCAUGUAUUUCGAAGACGUGAAGCGGGAUCAACAAUCGGAGGUGACAAGGUUGGCUCACUUCCUGGACAUUCAAGUAUCAGAACGCAAGAUGAAAAAAAUAAUGGAGCAUACAUCUUUUGAAAGCAUGAAAGGGACAAAGGCCGGCUUCCUUUUGCGCAAGGGGGACGUCGGGGAGUGGAAGGAUUGGUUCAGUGAUUCACAGAACAACAGAAUGGAUGAGGCAAUCACGGAGAGAUUGCGAGGAAGCGAGUUUGCAAAGAAAUUGACAUUUGAAUUGUAG